AUGCUGUCGGCCAAAGCACUGAUAGUAUGCUGCUUCACGAUCUUUGCCGAACUAAGCCUGAUUGAAGCAUUCGAAAACAAUCACUACAUCAACGAUCUGCUGGAGGAACGCAAACACUACGAGGCUGCGCAAAAAUCUAUUGCUGAGUGGAAACAUACACUAACUAGAAACAGGAAAAAACGGGCUGACAAGGUGGUCUGCUAUGGAGAGCUGGGUUGCUUCGAGGAGACGGCGUAUCUGGAGAUGCUUCCAUCGCCACCGGAGGAAAUCAAUACGAAAUUCUUCGUCUAUUCUGCCAAGCACAGGAGUGAAAAACCCAUAUUGGAGUUUUAUUACGACGAGAUCGCGAAGAUUAGCAACGGGACCACCCCUCCGCCAACGCCAACGCCCAAGACCGCCAAUACAACCGCUCCAAUCAAGCACCGUUAUGCGCCGGAUAAAGUCUACGAAAAGUUUGGAAACCUAGAGAACGCCACUGCGCGUGCAAUCAUCCACGGUUUCGGUUCUGCCUGUACCCACGUGUGGGUCUAUGAGAUGAGAACUGCCCUGAUGGCCGUGGAAGAUUGCAUUGUCAUCUGCAUGGACUGGGAAAAUGGCGCCACACUGCCCAACUACGUCCGGGCAGCUGCUAACACACGUCUCGUCGGCCGGCAACUCGCUUUCCUUUUACAAAGACUCGAAACGCAUAACAAACUGAACAUGUCUCGAGUACAUUUAAUAGGUUUCAGCUUGGGUUCGCAUGCAGCUGGAUUUGCUGGUGCUGAGUUGAAGGGUUUAAACCGAAUCACGGGGCUAGAUCCAGCUGGGCCUUUGUUUGAAUCCCAGCAUCCGCAUGCUCGGCUUGAUGACAGUGAUGCUGGUUUUGUUGAUGUAAUUCACUCGAACGGGGAAAACUUGAUACUCGGUGGUUUGGGCUCCUGGCAACCAAUGGGUGCAGUUGAUUUCUACCCCAAUGGAGGAAGGGUUCAGCAUGGUUGUUCGAACUUAUUUGUAGGAGCUGUCACUGAUAUCAUCUGGGCACCACCAUCAAUCGAAGGUCGUUCAUUGUGCAAUCACCGAAGAGCGUACAAAUUUUUCAUCGAUUCGGUAGCCCCAAAAUGUUUGUUCCCAGCCUUUCCCUGUGAUAAUUACGAAAACUUCCUCAAAGGAGAUUGCUUCUCGUGCAAACGGAUCGAGAAUGGUACGGAAACGUCUGUAUGUGGUAAUAUGGGUUAUUACGCCGACCGAUCUGUUGGUCGAGGACAACUGUACCUGAAAACGCGCGAAGAGGAACCAUUUUGUGCCCAUCAGUACAAACUACAAAUACACAGUUCACCGAAUGAACUACCUUUGCGGACCCUCGGAAGGCUAGAGGUGGAACUUGAAAGCGAUGGUGGACUUACGGAGGUGUUCACGAUUACAGAGAAAGAUGAUUCGGAAAUAUUCGCCGGCGAAAUGAUCUCACAAAUUUUGGUACCGCAUCCGGCAUUGGGCUUUCCGAAAAACAUAACACUAACUUACUUGGCAUACAAAGGUUGGCUUACGAGAGGAUUAGCGUCGUGGAGUAUCAGCAAAAUUAUCCUUAGUGAUGGAUUUGGUAAAAGUUUCUCGUUGUGCAAGCAGAUGCAUCUGGAUUCAAACAAUCCCAUUCAUUUAACACUUUUACCGGGUGAAUGCGAAUCAGAGGAUGAUUACGUUCACAGUACAACUAAUGACAAUCAUUCGACGGAUUCUCCGGCAGAUACCGGAGAGGCCGAUAUUGAAGACAACUCAAAGGCACAAAGCAACGAACGAAACGAUGUUGAUCCACCACCACAUCCUUCACAUUUGCCGCAUGACUUCCGAGGAAAAGGAACACAUGAUAAGGAAAAAAAUAUUGAUACUCAACCAUGGCAGCCAAUAGUUAUAGAUCUUCCACGAAGUUACCGAAAUAUUGAUGUAAACACUUCCUACCCGAUUUACGUAACACCAACGGCGUUAACCUCAGUGUCUACUACUUUGCCACCCAAUAAUUCACAAAGUAAUAUUAGUGAACCAGUACUAAAAAGAGGUCAACAGGAACCAAGAAAAUUGCAAAAUAAAACAAAGGACCGGAGUAGUGACAAACGCUCGAUAGAGACUCCGUCGAGCAAAGAUACUACAGAUUUGCCUUCCGAAAGUAAAUUGAUUACCGUACAACUAUUUCCAUAUCGUUUUGCUAAUGUGUUCGAAAAAGCCGAAAGGUAUGCAAGACUGACUUUAUUGCCAUUGCUAACAGAGCAAUUUACACAGUUUUUUAAACCAAAACCGGAAGACGAAGAGCUUUCAGAUUUGGAGAACAUAGAAUUCAAUCAAACUGAACCAGUACCAACCAUUUACAAAAGUAACAAAACAGAAAGAUCUAUGGCAUUGUCCCGACGAGUGGAUUAUGGCUAUUCCAGUGCCAGCAACCCUUUAGGAGAGCAUCGUAAUUUUAAGGAAGAUAGAACUGAAAGUGUAUCACCGAGCACGCGUAAAGCCUACAUAAGCGAAGACGUGCUGUUUCAAAUGCAUCGUAUCGAGCAAACCAGUGAAUCGGUAAAUACGCCCGAUACCAGUACUGGAUCCGAAAGUCCAAUUAGAAUUGAUUUGCCAACGUUCCGUCCUCCGAAGUCGAAGAUGAUACCACUAGUUGAACAGCCUCAGACGCGGUUCAUUCCACUAAACUACAAUGGAAACACUAUGGUAGCAACGAGAAGCAAAAGCAACGUUAUGGGUGAUACAAAACCAAAUGAUAGCAACAGUUGA